GUAUUUUUUUAUUUCUAUAUUCUCUCCCCUACUCCUACAAUCCAAACGGUCCCAACCCCCGAUUAAUAUGCAAACGCCAGGCCCGCUCUAAUGACGACAUCCCGUUUUCAAGCCCUCGAAAUCCACUGGGGCAGCCUGGCCUUACACAGCGCGAUCACGUGAUGCCUCACGUCACGUGACAUACUUGACGUCACGUGCCCACCAUCAACCAAUGGGGAGCCGAGGUGGCGGGCAGAGCCGCGGGCUCGGAUCCCGAAGUUCCAAAACGAAGCGGAAAAAAAAAAAAAAAAGAGGACCGUGUGUUGACGCGGUGCUGGGGGUUGGCGGCGGCAGUGGUGUGGGGGGGAAGUGAAAUGGGUUGGUUUACGUGAAAGGAAGAUGGCGGCUGCCGCCGACGUCACUACCUUCUUCAUCGGAGAAGAGUUUACAUCGUUCACGGAGCUUCACCGGCGCAUCCAAUCGUUCCAGCUUCGCAAUUCCGUCCAGCUGUACAUUCGAAGCUCUCGGAAGAUCCAGGCGGCUCAAGUUCGCUCGACGGACGGUUACAACCCGGAGCUCAAGUUCGCCGAAAUCUACUACGCUUGCGUCAGGGGAGGCCGUAAGUUUCAGUCCAGGGGAAACUCGUCGAGUUCUUCCAAUGCCCGACACUACGGCAGGACCGAGGUUUCCAACUCGAGGCAGAUCAACUGCCCCUUUCAUAUCAAGAUCCGAUGCACCCGCGACGGACAAAAGUUGUACAUCAAGGACUUCAACUCAAGCCAUAAUCAUGGGACGACAGAGCAAGAUGCAGUGCUGUCCAGGAGUCGCACCCGCCAUUACUGGCCCCAAGGCGUCCGUCAGGCUGCCGCUGCGUCGCCACCUCCGAACACGUCGCAAGCGGCACCGCGAACCAAGGCGGCGCCACUUGUUACCACCACCACCGGCAGCCUCGUGUCCAAGGACGGCUCGCGCCAGGUGUCCUUCCCAAUUCUGCCAGAACAGUUUGUGCCCAAGGACCCUGUCUUGUUCCAGCUGCUGAGCUCUCCGCAGCCAUCAUCCCUCACCUUCCAGAACCUCUUUUUUGUGCCAAAGAACAGCAGUGACACCACUAACAGCAGCAGCAGCAGCAACAACAACAAUAACAACAGUCUACAGGUGCCACCUGCCACCCUGCUUAUCCAGCCAAAUGUCGGCCACGGACUAGCAGACGGCGGACCCAAAGACGAGCAGACGGAGAGCCUGGACUGCGACUCCUUUCUGGAACCAGAGUGCAUCCUGCAGUAUGACGACGACAAGUGCUAUGUGCCGUCGGAAGGUGUCAAAGCUGGUGGCGGAGACAAUAAGUCUGGCAUGGUGCUGCAGGCACUCAAGGCUGUGCUCAACGGGGACCGGAAGGUGGUUGCAGAUGAGUCGUGCCGUGACGGGGCCCAGGCCGCAAUGGGCGACCGCUUUGUCGUGAAGCGGUCGGACGUGGAGGAGAUGACUCGUUUCUGCAACAAAUGUGGCGCCAAGGUGUCAGAACGUCGCAGUCAAGACCAGAAGGACGGUUCGCUCCUGGUCAAGUUCGUCUGCUCCGAAGGUCACAAUAUCGAGUGGAGGUUUGAACGUUUGGUGUCUUAGUCGUGCAACUUUUGGACCCGGGGCUGUUUUUCAGCCGGAUUGCUUUUGUGUGAGGACGGUGUAGUGUGCAUGCCCCUUGAGCGCAAAACAACUGGUUUUGUCUGAAGCAACGCCGCACUCUGAUGUGACUUUCAUGUCCUCCGCCAAUUUUGUCGUUUGGUUACUCCAUCUCGUCUAUCAAACUGACAUCACUUAAAGGGAGGGUCAAAUGUCGGGGUGGGCACCUUGGAUUUUGUACGGUCAAAUGUCGGUGCCUGUGAGCAUGUCCUAUUGUGUUUUAUAUUUUGCCUGGGAUGACUCAAGAUUUUCUCGCAUAUUUUUUCAAGUUGUUGCUGGACAGAAAGGUAGAUUAUUGUCGGACUGCAGAUAUUAGUGUAUGGAGUGCAAAUUUGUCUGCUUCUUUUGCAAGGGUUGCUGUGACGUCGGAAUGCCGAGCUCUGUUUGGCUUCGGUUAAAGAAUAAAAGUUAAAUUUCAAGGCAUCUAGCAUUGAGGUUUGCCCACUAUCCUUCAAUUAGAGCUUGGCAUUAUGACGCCACCACAACCCUUCAAAAGAAGCAGAUGAACUUGCGCUCUUCAUUGUCUUAAGAUGGAAGUUUGAAAUGUAAAUGGGGGGGGGGGGGGGGAAGAGAGAGGGGGGAGGAGGAGGAGGAUGAUGAUGAUGAUGAUGAGGCAGUGGCUAAAACACUUACGAAAGCUUAUGAACGACUUGUGCAGCUAACAAGAAGUAUUAAAACCGAUUAGCAGUUUGGGACGCGUCAUACAAAGGCUGUUGUGUAUUCUAAUGUCAACCACCCACACAGUUUUCUUUUGUUGCCAAAAGCAUUGCUGUCCCUUUCUAGUCUAAAAGUGAGUCGUCUGUAGUCCUGCUUACGAGCACAGUUUUUGGGGCUCGUCACGAAGCAGUGGCGUUUCUAACAAUUCUCUAUGGUGUCGCACGUCAUCUUGCUUUUCUGUGGUCUUUCCAACCUAAAUUAUUCUCAUUGCAUCGCCACACUUUUUAUAAGGCACUUCAUUGGACUCCCUAUCAGUUGGCAUCGCUUGAUCUGAUUGAUGAGUUUCUAGCAGCCCUUGUUUUUCUAUUAUAAGCAUGUUUACGAGCAUAUUGGUGGAGGCCUUGCUUUCUGGUGCACCAUAGUAGCCUGAGGUCACAUUCGACUGGCCCCCACUCAAUGCCUGCAAUCGAACCAAACUGCUGCUGAUCGUCGAGUGCAAUGCCCCUCGCGGUUUUGUAGCUGCGUGUGAAGUCUGCGCACUGCUCUCGUGCUUGGUGUUGUCGGUCCAAAAGACGUGAUCUGCUAGUAAAAUUGACCAUGUCAAACGAAAACUUAAAUCUGCUUUCCACCCGUAAGCGCAGGCAUUCUUCAUCUGAAAUGUAAUCUAGGCUUGUAACAGUCCAUCCACACUUUCUAUGCUCGUGCGUGAUGGUCAAUGCUGUGACAAUGCGUCGGGGAAAACAUGUCGUUCACUUGCCGACAUGUAAGAAAACAAAUUCCAACAAAAUCGUGGACGACUUGCCGGUGUCAUCACUGUAGUGGUUACAUAAAAAGCCACGCGAUAGCACUUCCGUUGCUAGGAAGUGCGAGCGUGAUCUGCAACGAUGGCCACAGUAAAUACGGCAGUGGCAAUUUCCUCCGAGGAGAAAAAAAUAUCUUUAUCACGCGAAACAUUUUUCUCCGCUAGUUUUUCAGGUUUACAAUCUUGGAUUACAUUGCUCUUUUUUCCUUCCCAUACUUCGCGCAGAGAGCUGCCGUGUUGCAACUGCGGCGAAAGCAAGUUUAUCUCAAUCUUUGUUUUUGGUCACUUGUCGUUUAUGCUCAGUUUUCGGUCAGACAGGAUCUUUGGCUGGCUUAGAGUGAUGUCGCUAGUCAUCAUCUGAUGUCACCAGGCUGCUCCUGAAAUAAUACUCAUUUUUUUGGGACGUGUCAUGCCUGUAUGGUCAGUAUUUUGCCACCCCUCUUGGGUGAUCCUUGUUCAUUCUUUUGCCACACACAAGUGCAUCUAUAGCAAUGGGCCGUUUGUUACGACUGCGAGAAAGCGUUUUAUCUGUCACUAGUUUUUGUGUAGUUAUUUAUAGCUAAUUUUUUCCUUUAGGUUAUUUAUUUAGGAGUCUCAGUAAAUUGUUUCACUCAACUUUCCUGACUAGUUCCCCGGCUAACUUUUUACCUGUUCGACGUUAACCACGACAUCAAGGCGAAAUCUGAAGGGGUUCUUUAGGCUGAUUUCGGAAGCUAAGUUUUAUCGCACUUCCGAUCUGGAUUUGAUUCAGUUGGUGCCUCGGUUCACAUCAACAUUCACCAAAGGAGCAUUAAUGCAGGAAACAGUUGUUUGGUUGAACGCUGAAAAUCUGUGAUUUUUGCGGGCACAGCAGGUUCCGUGUCGCAUUUCCGAAUUUGUGGGAAAAAUGGGUACCUCUAGAGAUUAGCCUUAGUAGUAAAAUUUAUUACUGGUAUGUGAUUUUUUUAUUGGGAGAUAGGGGUAGAAAUUUGAGACACAGGUUCAGAUAAAUGGCAACAACGAUUUCCUUUGCCAAGAUGGCUGAAAUGUCAUUACUCUGGAGAAUAUAGCUCAUCCAAUGGCUUUCGUCUCUCCGAGUCGUCUGCCUUGAUACAAAAUUUGUAAAUACUCGUCUUGCCUUUUUUUUUUUUGCUUUUAGUGUGUCACAUAAGCCAAAGUGCUUUUUGGCAUAUCAACUUCUAUUUUGUCUUCACCCCUGUGAAUUCUAUUUUGCUGUUGCCAUCCGUCGAUCCCCUUCGCGUUGCAGCACGUCUUCGGCAGUGAUGCCGUCGUUGUCACUUUGUCCACGAGGCCCUGCGAGAUGUUUUGUCAGAAACAACCUAAGGUUUUCUAUUUCAAUUUUAGUUGGUCAGCUGCAAUCUGUGACAUCCAAGCUGUGGUGUGUGAUGGUAUAUGCCUGGAAUAAGAAAAAUAAAAGCAUUUUUAGCU